AUGGCGAUAACAAACCUACUAGAGAAUAAUGCCCAUCAUUCAGAAGUACAUACCUCAAAGACAAAGAUCCUCUUUGUGGUGAUAAUGUUUGUCAUUUCAUUAGCCCUGUUUGUCAUGCAGACUGAGCUCACGUCCCAGGCUUACCAACUUGGCUUCGGCGAACCAAUGAUUCUUUUAUUGGUCACCCAUGGAUCAUGGUGGACUCUUUGGCCAUUACAAGCAAUAUUCGCUUCGUUAUGGCGUACGUUUGGCAAGACCUUGCGAAAGAACCGUCGUUCCGAAGUCACGGCCCGAUCCGGAUUACAAUAUCUGAGAUUAGAUGAACACAACAUUGAACAACAACGACAAACACUUGAGAUCCCCCCUACAAAAGGGAACUUCUACGAGUAUUUCAAGAAAUGUAUAGUCAAGCAGUUUCAUAAUAUCUACCAUACAUCUAUUUUGAUUUACGAAGCAAACAUUAACGGCAAUAGAAGCACCACGAACUUGAACCAAAUUAUUGAAAGCAGCCCUCACAUUUCAUCCUCAAGCUCAGUCUCUGACUGUAUAGCGACAUUUGUUCAUUCAAGCCCUAUAAAGUAUGUCAUAACCCGUGCAUUCUUAAUCACACUUGUUCUUACCGUGGCUGGAUUCACUUGGUAUGGAGCCAUGUCAAUGACGUACGCGUCUGACGUCACUGCCAUUUACAACUGUUCUGCAUUUACUGCCUAUGCAUUCUCAGUUCCUUUACUUCAUGAGAAGUUUUCCUGGUUAAAAGCAAGUUCAGUGAUUAUUGCUAUUUCUGGGGUAUUCCUUGUGGCAUACUCUGGCAGCGACAAAGCCUCUAACCCAGAUGAAGCACUUUACCCCUACCGAUUCUGGGGAAACCUCAUAAUAUUAGUCGGUGCAGUCUUGUACGGAUACUAUGAGGUAACGUACAAGAAAUACUUGUGUAUCCCACCGCAUUUAUCCAAAAUCAUCACACCUAGAAGACAACUGACCUUUGCCAAUUUCGUCAUGGGGCUUUUCGGAUUCUUCACUUUUGUAAUCAUCGCAUGCAUGAUCAUCUUUGCCCAAGUGUUCCACAUCCAUUCAUUCAACUUCCGUGAUUAUGGCGAGCAUACACGCACAAUCUGGAUUUACAUCUCCGGGUCAAUCAUAAGCAAUUUGCUAUUCAGUGCGUCAUUCUUGACACUUAUGGCAUUGACCAGUCCCGUACUUUCAUCCGUGAGUUCACUAUUGACAAUAUUCUUGAUUGGUAUAGUCGAGUGGUGGGUGUUUGGAAAUAAAUUGGGGUUCCAGCAGUUGUUAGGUGAUGCUUUGGUGAUUGUUGGAUUUGUCGUGUUGACUAUUGCUUCCUGGAAGGAAAUUAGUGAAGGGAAUGAGGAAGACGAAGUGGAGACCGUGAGUACGUAUUCGUUUGCUAUUAGUACCGAAGAUAAUGGGAAUAAUUAA